AGACAGGCGACUUUAUAGUCUGCAAAUUGAAUGCUAGUCUUGUUGCGAGGAACGUCUUAAUGAACCAUGAGUGGAUGUCCCUGUUUUGAAAAAGGGCGCCAGUUGUUUCCAAGCAAGCAUGCCCAGACUGGCCAGAUGGAUGACUCACAGAUUGGAACUAACAAAGCUGUCAAAGGAGGCAUCAUCUACAAAGAAUAUCUGCAGCUGGACAAAAUCGUGACAGCACAAGUACUUCAGAGUGAACGAAAGGGACACAAGAUCCACGAUGAGCAUCUCUUCAUUGUCACCCACCAAGCUUAUGAACUCUGGUUUAAGCAGAUACUCUGGGAACUGGAUUCAGUGAGAAAUAUUUUCCUCAAAGAUCGUGUACGAGAUGAGCGGAAUAUGCUCAAAGUUGUAAGCCGAAUGCAGAGAAUUACAAUUAUCUUCAGACUUCUGGUUGACCAGUUUUCUGUCCUGGAAACCAUGACUGCCUUGGAUUUUUACGAUUUCCGGGAAUACUUGACUCCAGCCUCUGGCUUCCAGAGUCUUCAGUUCAGGCUGCUGGAGAACAAGCUUGGGGUUUCAGACAGCCAGAGGGUCCCUUACAAUCGUCGUCACUACGGAGAGCACUUCCAUGGACAGGACAUGGAAGAACUGCUGAGAUCUGAGCAGGAACUAAGUCUUCUGCGGCUAGUUGAGAAAUGGCUGGAGAGAACUCCUGGACUCGAAAAAGAUGGAUUCGACUUUUGGGGGAAACUACAAAUAAAUGUUGAAGAGGGUUUCAACCAUGAACUGAAGAAACUUGAGCAACAACCAGGGCCAGAGAAAAAGGCAGAAAUGACAGAAGAACUCAUCAAACAGAGGGAGGUCUUCACUUCUUUGUUUGACGAAAAGGAUCACGAGCGUCUUUUGUGCGUGGGUGAGAGGCGAUUGUCCUACAAAGCCCUCCAAGGAGCUCUGAUGAUCUACUACUACAGAGAGGAACCUCGUUUCCAGGUUCCCUUCCAGGUCCUCACCUCCUUGAUGGACAUCGACGCCCUCAUGUCAAAGUGGAGAUAUAACCAUGUGUGCAUGGCCCACCGCAUGAUUGGUAGUAAGGCUGGCACAGGGGGGUCAUCCGGCUACCACUACCUGCGUUCUACUGUCAGUGACCGGUACAUGGUCUUCGUGGAUUUCUUCAAUCUCGUCACGUUCCUGGUGCCGCGGACCUGGGUGCCCAAGCUGGACCCCAGUAUCCACAAGAUCCUCUUCACUGCGGAAUGUUACGAUAGCUCCUACUGUAGCAGCGAGGACUCUGAUUAGGACGGCUGGAGCGCGGCUGGCUGACAGGGCUCUGAUUAUUUCUGUCAGGUUCUAGAAUGCCGCAUAAUGCAUCUGAGAGUAGUGACCGCAUGGCCAAAGAGGGAAAAACACAAGUGUCAGGUGCCAGGGAAGACCCAUUAGUGAAGAUCUGUUAGUUCAGGGUGACCUUCUAAAGCUUGAUCACGUGACGCUCAGGGUUAAACUGACACGACCUGAGAAGCUCGGAUCAGCCAAAAUAGCUGUGGACCAACCCAAGAAAUGGCCAAAGUCCACGUGUGAUAGCUCCUCUCGCGUUAUUAGUUGUGUGGAUUACAACUUAAUGCAUCUUGUUAGUGAUACAGCCAAGAUACAGCCAAGAUUCCAGCCCUGUAAAAAAUGUGUAAAAUAGAUAUAGUAUAUUCCUUUGUACAGUAGUAUCUAUACUUUGUUUAUGAUAUAUAUUGAUAUUUAACAUAUUCAAAAUAUUUAAUACCUUUUUUUAAAUAUGUAGAUGCAGUGAUUAAUGUUCACUUCCGUGUAUCUAUCCAUAAGUACUUGCUCUCUAACUCUUGCUCCACACACACACACACACACACACACACACACACACACACACACACACACACACACACACACACACACACACACACACACACAUUUAUAGAUAUAUAUUAUAUAUCCUUGUUUUCACUGUUCUUACAGAUCUGGCUUUGCGUGUAUUAAAUAACAUGAUGUUUAACUGUUUAAAGGACUGAUCCUCAGCCCAAUUUUGUUUUUUACUAAUAAUAACAAUGGUGCAUUUUAGUCCAGCAGUUCAGACUGACCACCAUGCUAGAAGGAUUCGCCUCCUUAAUCAUUCCUGCUGUUAUGAUGCUCUUGUUAAUCAUUAUUAAACAGAUAACCAGCUUGUCUGUUUUGAAUGACACUGACCUCUGAAAUUCUGAACUCUACCAGUGUGACAUUGAUCUCUUAAAACUGAAUAACUUACUGUUUGCUUGGCUUUGUCAGAAUUGCUGAUCAACAUUAUACGUGAAGAUUUAUGUACAGUGGUACAUCCAUUCUGAAACCUUUGUCAUCCCAGAAAUUUUUGGGUCUUAAUAUUAAAAUAAUAUUGAUACACAA